UCAUGUGAUGAAGAGUCAGUCUGGCUUGCUCGGUUGUUUUGUGAGACACACAAUCCACGGCGGAAGCUACAAUCCCGCGCACACCCACACGCACAUCCACCGGCGCGCUGCUGGCCGCCGCCCCGCGAAGCAGGUACGAGGAGCGUCCAUGCCGCCCGGUUCCCUCUCACGCAUCGCCUUGGACCUGCUCUCGUCAUUGGGCCUCCUCCUCCCUCCUCCUCCUCCUCCUCCUCCUCCUCCUCCUGCGCUGCUGAGAUAAUGAAAGGAUGAAAGGAUGGCCGAGCGGCGACGCGGGGACCAGGGAGGACUGACGGGUGCCGCCGCGGCGACUCACCGGGAUGAGAAGCAGCGUCGCAGCGCGAUGAGCUCGAGCGAGGACGCGGCAGUGGAGGGUCUCUCCCUGGAGGAGAUACUGAGGCUCUACAGCCAGCCCAUCAACGAGGAGCAGGCAUGGGCGGUGUGUUACCAGUGCUGCAGGACGCUGGCGAGGGAGCAUCGGAGCAGGGGGAGCUCCUCCGCCGCCGGAGCAUCGUCAGCGGCGGCUCCGAGGAAGAUAACGGGACCGGAGGACGUCCGGAUACAAAGAGACGGGUCCGUGAGCCUGCAGCAGCGGGACCGCGAAGGUAAAUACAGUCCUUGCACAACAACAGAGGUGAUUGAGUCUCUGGGCAUCAUGAUCUACAAGGCUCUGGACUACGGCCUGAAGGAGAACGAGGAGAGGGAGCUCAGCCCUCCUCUGGAGCAGCUCAUCGACCUUAUGACCAACAUGGCCGAGGCGGAGAGGGACGCCUGCCCCGACGAAGGCUACGAGGCAACAGAGGAAGAGGACGAGGCUGAGGAUGACGCCGGCAACAUCUGCAGUGUCCCCGGCUACAGAGAUAUCUUCAAGCUGUGCACAGCUCAUCUGCCCGCUCUGUCGGACACCCCCACCCACUACCAGGCAGUGUGUCGCGCUCUCUACACAGAAACCAAGGAGCUCGGUACUUUCCUGGAGAAGAUCAGGAGCGCAAAAGAGAACCUGCGUAAGAUGGAGGACGGACCAUCGGGGGACCCUGGCAGAGACCUCAAUGAGCUACAGAACGCCGACUGGGCUCGAUUCUGGGUUCAGGUGAUGAGGGACCUGCGUGAAGGAGUGAAGCUGAAGAAGGUGCAGGAGCGUCAGUACAACCCUCUGCCCAUCGAGUACCAGCUCACCCCCUACGAGAUGCUCAUGGACGACAUCCGGUCCAAACGCUACAAACUGCGCAAAGUCAUGGUAAAUGGAAGCAUCCCACAGAGGUUAAAGAAGAGCGCUCACGAAGUCAUCCUGGACUUCAUCAGGUCCAGACCACCUCUCAACCCUGUGUCGGCCCGUAAGCUGAAGCCACAGACUGAGCUUCCUCCAACGCUGCAUGAGCGCAUCUUGAAAGAAAUCAAAUCAGAGAGGAAACUCCGACCGGUGUCUCCUGGUGAAGUCCGCAGGGGGAUGCUGGGUCAUGGCAAAACUCGCAGUGUGCCGCAGGAUUUGUUCCGUACUGGACGAGAUGAGUUCAGUCCGUACAUGGGCAGGAGGACGUCCAGCUCUCUGUCUUUGGCCAAUGGAUCAGCCUGCAGCAGGGCAGAACCCUCCGGAUCGCAGUCCGUACCUCCGAGGAAGAGGCUCCUGAAGGCUCCCAGCCUCGCCGAGCUGGACAGCUCUGACUCCGACGAUGAGAUAUUUGGGCACAGAUCCGCCAGCAGCUCCAGCGUGGCUACAUCCAUGAUGGAUGAUACGUCCCCGGAGUGCGCUCUGGGGAAGAAAACUCCCCCCUCGUUCCUGCCCAUCUCCUCUACGCCCCAGCCAGAGAGACGGCAGACGCCCCAGCGGAGACACUCCAUCGAGAAGGAGACUCCGACCAAUGUGCGACUGUUUCAGCCGCCCUCCAAGAAGAACUCCAAGUCUCUGGAGGAAUUCUGUUUCCCGGUGGAGUGUCUGUCUCUGACGGUGGAGGAGGUGAUGCACAUCAGACAGGUGCUGGUUAAGGCCGAGCUGGAGAAGUUCCAGCAGUACAAAGACAUCUACAACGCUAUGAAGAAGGGAAAGCUUUGCUUCUGUUGUCGAAGCAAAAGGUUUUCCUUUUUCACUUGGUCCUACAUCUGCCAGUUUUGCAAAAAGCCCGUGUGCGCGCAGUGCUGCAAAAAGAUGCGACUGCCAUCCAAACCGUACUCCAGCUUGCCCAUCUACUCCAUCGGCUCGACCAAUACUCUCCCCAGGGAGAGAGUCAGUGCCAUAGCUGCCGUAGGACAAGGGUUGUCUGUGGCUGGAGACCCGGGUCCUUCAUCAGUGGGAGGGGCCACGGCGUCGCCCACUGUGAAAGUGGGAAAAGCAGGGGCACCUAAAAGAGCUGCUCCGGAGGCUGCUGCCAAAUCGGAGAAAUCCACCAGUAGCCCACAGCGCCACGGCAUUCACAAGACCAUGUCCAAGUUUUCGAAGCACGGCUCUCUGAAGUCCCACGAAGAACUGGAGCUUCCCUCGGAGCUGACGGAGGACUGGGCCACCAUGGAGGUGUGCGUGGACUGUAAGAAGUUCAUCACCGACAUCAUCGCCUCCAGCAAGCACAGCCUGUCUCUGGCCACCAAGAGAGCUCGCCUAAAACGCAAGACUCAGUCCUUCUACUUGUCCUCGCCGAAAGGGAGGGAGGAGUACCGGCCCUCUGAACGAACAAUCAAGGAGAUCUGAAACCCUCCCUCCCUCCAGCCGGCUUCUAGCUCCUACGGCACAAUUAUAAAGACUGAACACGGGAUGUGAUGUCACUGUACCUGUGUACUUCAGUGGGAUUAGAACCUCGUGGAGAACAGUGUGUUUUGUGUGGCUGUGUCCUGAUUGUGUACAGCUCCUUCAGGCAUCCUACUGUAAAUCUUUUUUUAUCAUUAUUAUUACGAUAUCCAAGAUUAUUCUUUAAUCUCUGGCCCCAGAAUUUUGCGUCAAGAGACAAGAAGUGUGAUGGCAAUGUGUGAAAGCGGAAUGAGCCCCCCCAACCAAAUAAUCUAAUCUAAUCGAUAAGCACAAGUCAGACGACGUGUGUUUAACCUCGUCAGGCAUCGACACUACAGAAGAUACGAGGCCUGUAGAGGCGUCAUGUUGUAAUCGAGAAUGACACUCAAGAAAAUAUUCGACCGUGCAGGUUUUUUGUAUGGAUUUUAAAUUCUUUAUUUUUAAACAUGUAAAUAAUUGUUUGAUGAAGCCCCGCUCUGUUUUUUUAGACUUUCGGUUUUACCAAGCGCACUUGAACCCGGAUUCCUGUUUUUCUUGAGCAAUCAAUUUCCCUCCAUCCUUUUUUAAUAUUUCCAACAUAUUUAAAAUCUGUUAUUAUGCAGGUUUAGUGCCAAAUAAUUGCAUAUUUCUUCUAUAAAUGUCACCCAAAGGAAAUGAAUUCCCUCUGAUUUGUUUUGCAACAGUUGAUAUCUUAAAUUGUUUAGUCAAACCAAAAUUACUUCUCAGUGUUCUAUUGAUAGUUAAGCUAAUCUGCUUCAUCAGGACUGUGUGGGCAAGAUUUGAUCAAACUUGACUGACAGCUGUCGCUCCAGCAAUUUUCGCGUUGAGACUUCUGAGAAAUCUGAGGCUGCAGAGGCCGAGUUAAUGUGUUGCGUGUGUUUGCAUUGUGCCCACAUCAAUCCAGCUUCAAACAACGUUACCCAAAAUGCAACUGGACUGCAUACGUUGUUAAAAAGUUUCUGACUCGUAUAUACCCACUUUCAAAUUCCACAGUUGGUAACAUGCGUAACUCUUUCAGUCUUACCUCUGAAUAAUUUAAAUGAACUAUCUUCAUAACUUUUGUGUUGAUAAUCGUGUGGUACGUAACUCAUUUUCUUUGGAUUAGGUUUCAGACUUGUUUUUGAACUGUGCAAAUUAGUCACAUGAAAACCCUUUUUGUACGGAUGAACAGUUGAAACCCAGUUAACUUUACAGGCAGCCAAAUAGCAACAUCUCUACGCGAUGCCUUUAUGAUUUCACUUUAUCCUUCACAGGAACAAAUAUCAGACUUGCUGGGCUUUCUGUUUCAUUCUGCAUCCCAUUCCUUAUCUCUUUAAGAUAUCUCUGCCUUAAGAACUGCCUUUUAUGAUCACGCCGGUACAUUGAACAGUCGUCUACUGGAACUGUACAUACUUUGUUUCCAACGGUUUGUUUGUCGGUCAGCUGAGUGCGAGACUAUUCCAGUACAGUGUGUUCAGGGGAGGAGUGGGACGCACAGGACAAACGUCACAGUGUGACAGCGUCAUGCAUGUACAACGGUGUAGCUUGUGCCCUCAGUCUGUAUUACCUUUAAGCUGUACCUCCCUGCAGAGAGCGCAACAAAUGAUGACUGCAACAAUAAACUAGAAUGCAAUACCUGA